AACCUAUCACUGCUCGAUAUAGUGUACCAAACUAGGUGGACAUGGUCGAACAUAUUUAAGAAAGGAACCGCGAUCUUUUUUGAACGAGCAUAAGUCAUAUCUCUCAUGACUUCGAGUUGAUAUUUCUUCAUAGUCUAGACCUACUACACCGAACCCUCCGAUGUGCCCUCAGACAUGAGAUUCGUUUAAUUAGAUCAAACAGUGUCCUUGAUUGAAAUACUCAGUUUUCCAGAUAAUUCGAACGGAUAACGACAAUGUCAUCUCUCCCACAACUCCCCUACGCCCGCUGGCCCCUCGACUACUUCACCCUCUCCUACCUCAUAUCUGUCAUCAUCGUCACCAUCGUCGUCUCGAGCGCCUGUGCCGCACCCAGCAUCCGACAAGCCUCCCUCCCCCAAUCGCUCGUCCUCUACGCCACUGGCAUCCAACUCCUGCUAGUAAACAUCUUGCACCUCUUCGCCAUCCGCACACCAGUGCGCUUUUCCUCGACGUCGAGGGGCUCCGAACUCCCGCCCGGGACAUUCGUCAAUAUGGAAGACGUGGUUGCAGUCGAGGGGGGAGGGGCCUAAGAUUUCAGGAAAACGCUGAGGGAGAGGUUUGAUGCGAGUCCGCGAUUUAGAAGGUUAAUGUGGGAUUUGAAUUGGUUUUGGGGCGUUGUGAGUUUGGGGACGGCGGUGGUGACAACGGUGGUGAUCUAUGAAGUGGAUGAU